CCGAUAACUUAUAUUUGAAACUAGAAAAGAAGUAGGUGCAGGAUGGGCCAUGGAGAGACAGCCCGCAUUCCUUUUAAGUAUAGGAAGCCCGCAUUAAAGGUUGUGGGAAGAGAAUAGAAGAGUCAGUGAUGGGGGCAGAAAGGGAAGGUUUGAGGGGGCAAGUGUAGAGUCUAGAGAAGGCAAGCUGAAUUUGAGGAAGAGGAGGCGGCGCGGAAACUAGUGAAGGAGAAAACAUGGAAAGGGCUAUUGUAUUUGGUGAGCUCCUUCGGAACCUUAGAGAACAAAGGUGUUACGGAACUAUACGCUCUCAAAUUCACACUAAGCACUAAAUUCCCGCCGCUAUGGUACAUUCUGGAGAAAGGAAAAACAGCAGAGUCUGGACCCUAGAAAGCUCACAGCGUGGUGGAGGAAGUGAGAAGUAGAAUUGGGCUAUUUGCUGAAGCUUCUUGGUGGCCCUUGCUAGCCCAGGAAGAAACUUACAUUUUGAUUUUUUUGUACCAUGGCUUUGGUUCACAAAUUGCUGCGUGGUACUUAUAUUCUCAGAAAAUUCUCUAAGCCAACUUCUGCCUUAUAUCCAUUUUUGGGUGUUCGCUUUGCAGAGUAUUCCAGUAGUCUUCAGAAACCAGUGGCUUCUCCUGGCAAAGCCUCCUCACAGAGGAAGACUGAAGGGGAUUUGCAAGGAGAUCACCAGAAAGAAGUUGCUUUGGAUAUAACUUCUCCUGAGGAGAAGCCUGAUGUUAGUUUCGAUAAAGCAAUUAGAGAUGAAGCAAUGUACCAUUUUAGGCAUUUGAAGGAUGAAAUUGUGGCUCAUUGGAGAGGACCGGAAGGCCGCCCUCUGCAUGACGUCUUGCUGGAACAAGCCAAGGUUGUCUGGCAGUUCCGGGGGAAAGAAGAUUUGGAUAAGUGGACAGUGACUUCUGAUAAGACGAUUGGAGGCAGAAGUGAAGUGUUUUUGAAAAUGGGCAAGAAUAACCAAAGUGCACUGCUAUAUGGAACUCUGAGCUGUGAGGCGCCUCAGGACGGGGAGUCUACCCGAAGUGGGUACUGUGCAAUGAUAUCCAGGAUUCCAAGGGGUGCUUUUGAGAGGAAGAUGUCUUAUGAUUGGUCCCAGUUCAAUACUCUGUAUCUCCGUGUACGUGGGGAUGGUCGGCCUUGGAUGGUGAAUAUCAAGGAGGACAUAGAUUUCUUCCAGAGGAGGAAUCAGAUGUACAGUUACUUCAUGUUCACCCGUGGGGGACCCUACUGGCAGGAGGUCAAGAUUCCUUUUUCCAAAUUUUUCUUCUCUAAUCGAGGAAGAAUCCGGGAUGUUCAGCAUGAGCUUCCGCUUGAUAAGAUCUCUUCUAUAGGAUUCACCUUGGCUGAUAAAGUGGAUGGUCCAUUCUUCCUGGAGAUAGAUUUUAUUGGCGUGUUUACUGAUCCAGCUCAUACGGAAGAAUUUGCCUAUGAAAAUUCUCCAGAGCUUAACCCAAGGCUUGUUAAAUAAAGAUCAUAUGGUAGUUUUGUUUUACUAAUCUAAGGAUACUAGCAUCUACAAUGAUAUAGACAAAAUAAAAUAUUUCUUUAAUGGCAUCCA